GGGCAUUAUUUGAUGAAGGUUGCAUUUAUGUUGGUGUGCCUCUGCUUUACAAGAUUCUUCUACAUUGCCCUAUGGCUGGAGUCGCUAUGCACAAUUCAGCUUGGCUGUGGUGAAUCAAAUUCACAACAAGUACUCAAUCAGAAAAGGCACCUCGAAGAGAAGAUGAAGAAGACAACAAAGUUAAAAUCAAAGGGGUCUUGCAAAAAAUGCACGAGGUAUGUCCUUGAAUAA